GGAGAGCUCUCAGCAGCUCGCCGAGCGCGGUGAUCGACCGCUGCCGGGAAGCGCGCGUGGUGCCACCACCUCGCCACUGGGACCUGCUGCUGCCGCUUGCUGCCGCCGCUGCCCACCCCCCUCUGCUUCUGCCUUUGCUUCGCGCAGGGCUCCUUCCCCAAAGCAGGUCACGCUUCCUCCUUGCACAGGGCGAGCGUAGGGCUGCCCUCGGGAGCCUGCCCGCCUGUCCUCUUCAACUGACCUCUGUUGGCUUGGCUGCCGCCUUGACCCGACCCCCUGAGGUGGUUUCCCUCGAGGGGCUUCGGCUUUCGCUCCCUUCCCAGCGCCUCUUGGGAAUCCGAGUGAGAGGCUCCUAUCCGCGGUGCUGCUGCUAACAGUAAAUUUUAAGCCCGCUCGCUCUUCCCUCCCACAAACUAGGGAAGAGGCAGCUUUGCAAGCUCCACGUCGGAGCGCGCAGCAUUUCGGCGGUUUGCAAGGAACCGCCGUUAAGCGCUAAAUAACCAGCAGGGGAGGGGUGGUGGUGAUCCGGCGGCCGCUUCCCGGUCCCUGGAGUGGAUGGAGAAGAAAAGGAGGAUGCGACUGAGCCAUUUUUGCUGCCUCGCUUAUCAGCUGUGCUUCCUGUCAAACGGGAUCACGGCAGGUCUGCAGCCUUUGGGGGACACUGAGGAAUGGGAAAUCAUCUACCCAGCCCUAUGGAGCAGGGGCCAGCAGGAACCUACUGGAGGCAGUGGUGCUGGAGGCAGCUGCAGCACUGAUGGAAACUGUGGAAACAGCAACAGCAAUAUUAGUGCUACCUCUGUGUCCAUGCAGGCGCUGGGCAGCUCCCGUGAAGUCCGUUCAGUUUCUUCCUCAUCUGAUAGGCAGCUACAACCAGGAGGGGAGACCUCGGAGGAUGAAGGCUCAGAGGAUGAAUAUGAAUCUCAGGAGUUUUAUCACUGGUCUCCUUUUCCUCAGGGAUCUAAUGCUACUUCUCAGCUACCACCUCCCCCACCUCUCUUGCCUUCUUCUUCAGAGGAUGGGGGUGAAGUGCUGCUGAGGAUACCAGCUUUUGCUCAGGAGCUCUAUCUUCUUCUCAAGAGGGACAGCCGCUUCCUGGCACCUGGCUUUGCAGUGGAAGAACGACUAUUGAGUGAGAAGAGGACUCUCCCAAACUCUUCUCAGACCCAGAUGGAGAGAUCAUGUUACUACAGUGGGUCUGUGCUACAUUACCCUGGCUCCUUUGCUUCCUUCAGCACUUGUGGUGGAUUGAUGGGAUUUUUGCAGAUGAAUGAAGACUUCAUAUUUAUUGAACCACUUAAUCACACUUUGACUGUGACAGGUCAUGCACAUCGGGUAUACAGACGUAAAAGGUCCACACACGAGAGAGCCACCGAAAAGCCUACUUCUCAUAGUCAGUACUGUGGUGUUGUUACUGAGAAAAGAAGAUCUAAGGGUCAAAAAGGAGCAGAAGGUGGACGAGGAAAAAGAUAUUCCUAUAAAUUACCUCAAGAAUAUAAUGUGGAGACUGUUGUUAUUGCUGAUCCAGCUAUGGUUUUAUACCAUGGAGCAGAUGCAGCUAGAAGAUUUAUUCUAACAAUUCUAAAUAUGGUGUUUAAUCUAUUUCAACACAAGAGCCUUGGUGUUCAAGUGAACCUUCGAGUGACUAAGCUUGUUCUACUUCAUGAGACUCCAGCAGACAUGUAUAUUGGACAUCAUGGUGAAAAAAUGUUGGAGAGUUUUUGCAAAUGGCAACAUGAAGAAUUUGGAAAGAAAAAUGACAUCCAUUUAGAGAUGUCAACAAGUUGGGGUGAAGAUGUGUCACCAGUAGAUGCAGCCAUAUUAAUCACCAGGAAAGAUUUCUGUGUACAUAAAGAUGAACCAUGUGAUACUGUUGGUAUAGCAUAUUUGAAUGGGAUGUGCAGUGAAAAAAGAAAAUGUAUUAUUGCAGAAGACAAUGGUCUGAAUCUCGCAUUUACUAUUGCUCAUGAGAUGGGACAUAACAUGGGAAUAAAUCAUGACAAUGACCACCCAUCUUGUGCAGAUGGUCUUCAUAUCAUGUCUGGAGAAUGGAUCAAAGGACAGAAUCUUGGAGAUGUUUCAUGGUCUCGGUGCAGCAGAGAAGAUCUGGAAAGAUUUCUCAGGUCAAAGGCCAGUAACUGCUUGCUACAGACAAAUCCCCAGAGUCUCAAUUCUGUGAUUAUUCCUUCAAAACUGCCAGGGAUGACAUACACCGCAGAUGAACAGUGUCAGAUUCUGUUUGGACCAACUGCUUCUUUCUGCCAAGAAAUGCAGCAUGUUAUUUGCACCGGCUUAUGGUGUAAGGUGGAAGGGGAGAAGGAAUGCAAAACUAAGCUGGAUCCACCAAUGGAUGGAACUGAUUGUGACACUGGAAAGUGGUGUAAGGCUGGAGAAUGUACCAGUAAAACAUCUUUCGCUGGACACAUGGAGGGAGAAUGGAGUACAUGGAGCACUUGUAGCAGAACCUGCAACACUGGAGUCAGCAAUCGACAGCGUAGAUGCUCUGGUUCAGUUCAUGAAGGAGGGGAAUGUCAUGGAUCCAGAAUACAAUAUAAAAUAUGUGAAAAUCCAUCUUGCCCUCCUGGAGUCCCUGCAUUUAGAGACUGGCAGUGUCAGGUCUUCAGUGUCAGGCCAUCAUAUCAGAAGCAUGUACACCAAUGGCAGGCUGUUAUAGAUGACGAAAAGCCCUGUGCAUUAUUGUGCUCUCUAAAUGGCAAAGAUCAGCCUGUACUGAUAACAGAGAAAGUAAUGGAUGGAACUUCAUGUGGCCAUCAGGAACUGGAUAUAUGUGCAAAUGGCAGAUGUCAGAAGUUUGGUUGUGAUGGCAUAUUGGGGUCGUUGGCAUGGGAAGAUCACUGUGGUGUCUGCAAUGGAGAUGGCAAAUCAUGCAGAGUUGUUAAAGGAGAUUUUAAUCACACUCGAGGAGCAGGUUAUGUGGAGGCUUUAGUGAUACCUGCAGGAGCAAGAAGAAUCAAAGUUGUGGAAGAAAAACCAGCUCACAGCUAUUUGGCUCUUCGAGAUGCCAGUAAACAAUCUAUCAAUAGUGACUGGAAGAUAGAACAUUCUGGAACAUUCAACAUUGCUGGUACCACUGUCCAUUAUGUUAGGAGAGGUCUGUGGGAGAAAAUCUCUGCCAAAGGUCCCACCACAUCACCCUUACAUUUAUUGGUUCUACUUUUUCAAGAUCAGAAUUAUGGGCUACACUAUGAAUACACUAUUCCCUUGGACCCUCUGCCUGAGAAUCAGAGUUCAAAAGUAUCAGAACCUCUCUUUAUGUGGACACAUUCAGGCUGGGAGGACUGUGAUGCUGUGUGUGGAGGAGGAGAAAGAAAGACAACUGUAUCCUGCACAAAGAUUAUGAAUAAAAAUAUCAGUUUUGUGGACAACAAGAAAUGCAAAUAUUUGACAAAACCUGAACCACAAAUCCGAAAGUGUAAUGAACAGCCAUGCCAGACAAGGUGGAUGAUGACAGAAUGGACUCUUUGCUCAAGGACCUGUGGGAAGGGAACCCAGAAUAGACAGGUAGCCUGUACUCAGCAACUCAGAAAUGGGACCUUGAUCAGAGCCCGUGAGAGAGAUUGUCUUGGACCAAAACCCACUUCAGCACAGCGCUGCGAAGGACAAGAUUGCAUGACAGUGUGGGAGGCUGGAGUGUGGUCUGAGUGCUCUGUAAAAUGUGGCAAAGGAGUACGACAUCGGACUGUGAGGUGCACAAAUCCUCGGAAGAAAUGUGUAUUGUCUACAAGACCCAGAGAAGCAGAAGACUGUGAAGACUAUUCCAAAUGCUAUGUCUGGAGAAUGGGAGACUGGUCUAAGUGUUCCAUCACCUGUGGCAAAGGAAUGCAGUCACGUGUGAUCCAAUGCAUGCACAAGAUCACAGGAAGACAUGGCAAUGAGUGUUUCUCCUCUGAAAAACCAGCAGCCUACAGACCCUGCCACCUGCAUCCCUGCAAUGAAAAAAUUAAUGUGAACACAAUUACAUCUCCUAGGUUAGCUGCUUUAACUUUCAAGUGUCUGGGAGACCAAUGGCCUGUAUACUGCAGAGUGAUACGAGAGAAGAACCUCUGUCAGGACAUGAGGUGGUAUCAGCGUUGCUGUGAGACAUGCAGGGACUUUUACGCUCAGAAAAUGCAGCAGAAGAGUUGACCUCUAGCAGGGAGGCUGGCUAGCAUUCAGUUCUUCACAAUCACAUUAUUUAUAAACACACACACAAGCACGCUUUUUCAGACCAAAUAUCAGGUUACAUAUAAUUUAAUCAAAUUAAUUUAUUUUUGCCUGCCAAGACAUUUUUUAUUUUGGUUAAAUAGCUUUUUUUUUUUUAAUCCUCAGAGUUUCCGUGAUUAAUUUUUUAUAUGAGAUAUUUUGGAUACAUUUACCAGAAUUUUGUUUUUUAAAAACACUAUUUUAAAUGUCUAUAUUCAAUUGGGUAAUCUGUCUCCCCACCACUACAAGAGAAAUAAUCAGCAAAAUACUGUGCAUCGUUAAGUGUGCUAGUCCCAAGUACUUGGUGUUAAUUGGACUUAAGCUCAUUUAACAAUCCACUGCAUUGUGCCAAAUAAUAAGACAUCAUGUUACCCCAAAUUUAUUUUUAUUUAGGUGAAUAGUUUUGCUGUAUAUGGAAAUGAAGUCCACUAUACUUUAUUGUAAUGUUUUGGUGCUAGGAGUUGGAUUGACUUCAGAUAUUUUUGCAACAGAUUCUGGGCUGAGUUAAGCUUCAAGGUUAUAUUACAGAACAGAACAGGCUAUAUUACAGAAUGUAUUAGGAAAUCAAUAAUAAUUUUACUAAGGGCCAGUUCAGAUAUUCAAAAUGGUCCCCAGAAAUGUAGUAUAACAAAUAGAACAGUUGACCACAAACAUCUGUGGGCAUAGACACAGCUUCCGGCAUUGGUUUUAACAACUGAGAACACUUUUUUAACCAGCAAAAAGAUGUGAAUCACUUCUGAAUAGUUAUGGGCAGUGCCCAUGGACAGCCUGUGUAUAGGCUGUUUAUACACUUUUAUGAACAAAAAGACUUUUCUAUAUGAAUAUGCCCUGGGGAUCAUUGGGACACUGAUUUUUCCAUGCCCUUAGAAACAUACUGUAGGAAAUGAUCUACUGUAAUUUAUACACUUUUAUAAACAAAAAGAAUCAAAUUGCCAAAGUUGGGAUUUUAAUCAUGUGCAUAAAUAUGUACUUGAACACAAGUAUUGAAUCAAUUAAACACUGUAAAGAUGUACACUGAAUCUCUGUUGCACUGUAUGAUGUAGCGUAGAGAAACACCAUUCUAGAACUUGUAACAUCCUAUGAAAGAAGUCUGUACUGUUUAAACAUGCCAUUAGCUUCUAAGUAUCUUGAACAAGAGAUCCAUGCCUAGCUCUGUGCUCGUGUGUGUCCUCUUGGGAGAUUUACAACUGAGAAGAAACCUAAGAUUUACUGCAAAUUGGACUAUAUUUUCAGGUUUUAAAAAAUUAGAAAAUAAUUUGGUGAUAAAUUACUUUGUUUUUUAAAAAAGAUCUCUAUAAAGAUACAGUUUUACAUUUUUGUGAAACGUGAACAAGACAACUAACAUUUUCCUUAUGAGAAAAUAUUGUAACAUGAUUUUUACAUCUUUAAUACAUAAAUAUAUAUAGAGAGAUAUAAAUUCCUCCAUUUAUAUGUAUUUUCUGUUGUCUAACAUUGUUAGUUUUCUGUUGACAAUAAACAUGGAAGGACAAAAUAAGACAUUAAACAUAUGAAGAUGCCUCAAACUGAAUCAGAUCAUUGGUCCAUCUAACACUGCAUUAUUUAUUGUAACUAGCAGUGACAAUCAAGUAUCUCUGGCAGAGAUUUUUCCCAGCCUUGUUUCUUUUAACUAGAGAUGCUUAAACCUGAGAAAUUCUUCAUCCAAAGGAUAUGCUCUACCACUGAGAUUUAUGGGUUCUCUUUUCUCUGGUGUCCUAUAAUACUGUUCAAUACCAACUUGUUUGACUGAUUAAAAGUGUAAUAAGCAGGAUUCCCUGUCAUCAGACUUGUAAUCUGCAAACAGUGGAGUGCCUUUAAUCACCAGUUUUCUCUUGGCAGCCAAAGCAAUUGUUCAUUAUUCCCACCUACCCACCCCUAUUUUUAUUCAUGCAGUUCUGCAGUUCUGAUCAUAAAAUAUUAAUGAGCAAUCGCUUUUUAAUAGGAAACCAGUAAUUAAGGUGCUUUCCCUAAUGAACCCUAUCUGACAAACUAAGGAUAAUUCAGGAAUCCUGUGACAACAGGUAGUGAAUGGGAAAUAACUAAUUAGUUGUUUUUUAAAAGAGGGGGCAAAGAGGAAGCUACUAAGUAAAGAAAUAAUUGCAGAGAAAAGUGGUAUCUUUGCUAAAUGGGACCAAUGUCUGCGGGAUGUUGCCAAUGGAUUCAGAGAUUGCCAGUUUUUAUGCAUGUUGAAGUACUAUAUUAAUGGUUGGAUCUGGAAUAAUAAUAAACUUCUGGGUCAACUCAUGUUACAAUUGAUUGUGGAAAAGCAGUGCUACAUAGCAAGUGUAGAAAUACCCUCAAAAUAAUCUAUAGAUAUAUUUCUCUUAGGUGUACCUGUUGCUAAUCCCAUGUGUGGCAGCUCUCACAAAAGUUCACGAGCAAGCUGCCGGCAGAGGAAAGCUGCAGCGCUGGAUAGGCUUGCGGACAGGCAGAAAGUGGAGGGGGCAGCAGGGGGAGGGCCAGUGGGCAGGCAGGUGGAGAAAAUGAUGGCGGCAGGUGGAGAAAAUGACAGCAUCGGGGGCGGGUAGGCAAAAAUUGCAGCAGUAGGGGGACCUAGAGGCGCCAAUGCUCUGCGCCCAGCCCAGCUAGUUGAUAUUAAUUUUGGAAAAUUUAAUAAUUUUUUAAACAAUAAACAUAACAUAAACAUAAAAC